AUGGCCGAGUCGCAAUCGUCCAACAUCUCCCAAACAAAGCCGCGCACGAAUUCGGUCUCGCAAGCGUCGGAAGACUCGCAGACAGCAGCAGACUUCAUCAAGGAACAGCUCAAUCUUGAAGCUGAGGCUCGCGAGGCUCUCCCAUACCAAUUUGAUACUUGUACCCGUGAUCUGGGAGCUUUGCGGCAAGGGCUCUAUUCGUGCCUUGACUGCAACCCGCCACCGGCGGAUUCGUCAGACCCGUAUCAGCCGGCUGCUGUCUGUUACGCUUGCUCCAUCUCGUGCCACGGCGAGCACGCGCUCGUCGAGCUCUUUAACAAGCGCAACUUCGUCUGCGACUGCGGCACUACGCGCCUACCCGAGACGACGCCAUGUACCCUGCGCAUCAAUUCCGAGACUGGGCAGAAGGGCGGCGUGACUGGAGAAGAGCCGGCUGCGGGCAAUAAGUACAACCAGAACUUCCGCAACAGGUUCUGCGGGUGCAGCGAAGAGUAUGACCCACACCAGGAGAAGGGAACAAUGUUCCAGUGUCUGGGACUUGGCACAGUAGAGGAUGGUGGCUGCGGCGAGGACUGGUGGCAUCCCGAAUGCGUUCUUGGCCUCUCUAGGGAAGAGUACCUGAAGAGCAUCGAGAAGCCGCAGGCAGAGCGAAAAGAAGGCGAUGCGAAGACCAACGGGAUCACAAAAGACGUCAGCGUGACACGACUUGAAGAAGAUGCCGGAAGAGAUCCGGAUGCACGAAGACCCUCUGUCAUAACGGCUAUUGCUGCAGGUCUGCCUACUGAAAACGGUGUCGAUGGAAAUGACAUCGUUGCAACCGCCGAAGAAGAAGAGGCAGAUGAUGAUACACCGUUGCCUCUGGGAUUCCCUGCAGAGAACGACUUUGAAUACUUCAUCUGUCAUAAAUGUGUCGAGGCGUUCCCGUGGAUCAAGAAAUACGCCGGCUCUCCUAGCUUCCUCUUACCAGUGUACUUUGAUGGCGCCCUCAACCAAGCUAAAGCUCAGGACACACCCGCUUAUGCGAACGGAACGACCAACCGCGACUCUAAGAAACGCAAAGCAGACGACCAUGAGAAUAUUGCACCAGCAGGAUCUAUGGCUCCCCCUAAGAGGCAGAAGUCCGAGGACCCCGCAACUACACUCUCGUCCAUUCCGGAAGACACACCAAGCACUACUCUCACAUUGUCACCCAAGAAGGCUGACCCCGCCGCCACCGCACCAGAGUGCAAGCUCUCGUCUCUCCCCCCUCUUCCCGCACAAGCCCUCAAGACACCCUUCUCUCUAUUCCUAAAAGCUGACUUCCACGAUCAUCUCUGCCACUGCGCAACCUGCUUUCCCCUCCUGAAGCCGCACCCCCAACUCCUCGAGGAGGAAGACGUCUACGAACCCCCCAUCUCAGAAGAUGGCAACGACGCGGCCGGAUCGGUCGGCACAGGUUCGCUACUCGAGCGUGGCGAGGCGGCGUUCAGCAACAUAGACCGCGCGAGGGCAAUACAGGGUGCAAUGGCAUUCGCCCACUUGAAAGACGGCCUCAAGGCAUUCUUGAAACCAUACGCAGAUGAGGGGAAGCCGGUGGGCGCUGAAGAUAUCAAUGUGUUCUUCCAGAAGCUGAGGGGUGAUGAUGCGGCGAUCAAGGAAGCG